ACGACCACCUGCGCAAAAUUCAAAAUGGCGGGAGGCGGGCUUCAUAGUUCGGUAUUUCUCGUCAUGGUAUCUGGGCAGAUAGAGUCCGCAAAGGUGAGACAAAACUUACAAGUAUGCCAGAUUGCAAUAAGAUGUAUUAAAUCUGUAUUUUCUUUUUGUAUUCGACCUUAGUUCCCAGAGUUUGACGAUUUAUACUGCAAGUACAGUUUUGUUUAUGGUCAAGAUUGGGUCGUUACGUCUGUAAGUACUUUUUAAAGGUCGUUCUUUAUUUCGCGACUUUGCAUCCAGGAGUUUUAUAUACGUUUUUGUCAAUUUGGUAUCAUAAUGACAAUUAUGCCGGAAAAGUACCUUUAAUGUCCUACACGCACCUAAUGUCUUUGUAUGUAAAAAUGUUGUCAAAAUUUGACAUGAAUAUCUACGGAUAGGAACGAUAUUGCUUUUUUGACAGGGAUGGGAAGAAGGACUUUCCCAGACUACAAAAAAGAGUGUAGACAGGCGACAAGUAUUUGUUUUCAACUUUCCACUGGAUAUUACUUUCAAGAGUACAAGCCCUUUUGGAUGUGAGUACAAAAAUGCAUUAAAAAUAUUCUGUAUAUUAUCACUGGCUUUUAUUUUGGUUUUUCAUGUUGUAUAUUGACAAUUCAAGUGUGUCUGCGCAGUACUUCCAGUCAAUUUAACCUCCCCAGCGGGGGGGGGGGGGUACUUUAGGAAUUUUUGGGGGGGGAUGUGCCGCGGGGACCCUGGAACCCUUAGCCUAUACCAGAGCUGAAUUUUGCUACCCAAUACAAGACUGAAACUCCCCAAGUCUUACUAAGAAUCAUCAUAUAGAUCGACAGCAAGUCCUUGGAAAAUAAAGUAAAUAAAUCCUACCUAUCCUAGAGUAGCUUUUGGGCUUAAUUGCAUAAAUUUAAAUUUGCCUAUUUGGUUUUUUUUUAUAUUUUUGAGUGGUAAUUCCUGGUUUCCCUAGCGUAGACUAAAAUCUUCAACCAAUUGAUCAGUUUCCUGGAAAAUGAUACCCUAUUCUAGACCCAGACUCUCUAAUUUAAUCUUUCUCUGGUUGUUUGCUAUUUUCAAAACAUUUCCUGAAAAUCCAGUUGCGAAGUAAAUGACUUUGAAAUGACUUUACGGGGAAAAUUUCCAGGAGCAACGGAACAUCUGAAAAGGCAAUCCUUUGUGUUUCGGUUUUUCAAACCUAUUUUUGAUACCAGUUUCUGCCUUUUGCUGCUGUUUUUCAGUAAAUGGAACUGACUAGUACAAAUAAUAAACCUGAUUCCCGGAUGAAAUUUAGCAGUCUUGAAUUUUGCUUACCAUUUGCCCAAACUGUAAACCGACCAGUUUGAACAUGGGAAUGGUAAACAACCUCUAUUUCAAGUUGUAUCUGUAGGUUAUUUCACAUUACCAAGCGGUGAUUUUUAACAGGAUAUUGUGCUGCUCUUUCAAUUCUUAUCCAGGGCCUCAACUAGUGAUCAGUUGUUAUGGCUUGGAUUUCUAUGGCCAUGAUGUGGUACGAGGAUAUGGAGCUGUUCAUGUUCCAAUCUCACCGGGAAGGUAUAUCAAUCACUUCUUCACCAGUAAUUAUUUUAUAUUUUAUAUUUUACAACAGACAAUUAAACAACCACAAUGAAUCUUUAUUAAUAAGCAGAUGAUAUACACUGCCCACAGCUAGCAAGGCUAUUUGAGGCAGGACAGUGUGUGCAAAAAAAGAAAUUAAGAUCAAGGCUAACUAAGGAAAAGUUACAGUUUACAAAUAGGUAAAAUAAAAAUCGUAAUAUGAUUGAGGACUAGAUAACAUGAUGUAGAAGGUUACAGGAAUUACUUUGAAUACUACAUUUGAACCUCGAUAAAGCAAAGGGCCAUGGGACAGGGCAAAAUAUGUUCACCAUAACAAGGUUAUUUUCCAAAUAUUUUUCUAUUACUGGGGCAAAGAAUUAGCAAUUAUUGGAUGAGGUUGAGCAUGAUAUCAUGAAUUAUCAAAACCGAGGUCUGUGUUAUCUGCUGCAGCCGAAGGCUGAGGCAGAUAAUACAGACAUUUUUUAAACAAUAGGCAAAAGGAGACAAAACUAAGGGUGAAUUUGACACUGAUAAGCUUAACCAAGAUCAUUUAAAAAUUUUAAAAUACAAUAAUAAAACCUUUGUUUGAAUAACGUAUACAUUUGGAAUCUUUUUCCUCAAUUAAUCGACAUAAUUCAUCCUCAGAAACAAAAGCGAAGCGUUCAGCCAUUCUGUUUCUGAGGAGAACACUCCAAGGGGCCUGGUAACCAGGCAGACGUUGAACUUGACAUGAUAAAUGCAAUAUCUGCGGCAGAUAUUGCAUUUAUCAUGUCAAGUUCACAAGCUAUUGUGAAUUGAUUGAAUGCUCUCGACCAAGCAGAUUUUUCAUAGUGAGUCUGAUGUAUAAUAAUUUCUGAUAACCGAGUUCAAUAAUUGUUUUAUCAUUCGAUCACCGAGUUUGUUUUUUUAAUGAAUAUCCUUGGGAAGCGAAGGGAUCUGCCAUUUUCACGCAAGAGCAAUCGCAAGAAGGAGAAAAGCAAGGUUUCCUUUACGCAUGAGCAGAAUAUUAUUUGCAGCCAAACACAGUUGGACAGCAUUGUGCAUGAGCAGACCAUUAUUUGUGGGCAGUAAUUUGCAGGUCAUGUGGUGGGCUCUCGGCCAGUGAAAAGAAAGAAAAAUUUGCUUCAAAUGAUAAUUAUUAUUAUCUUUCAUUGUGUCCUUAUUAUCCAAGUUAGUGACUAUAUCAAUUCUAUUGUUUGCUAUUCAGCCACACAAGGGAAAUUCCAAUGUUUGUUCCUGAGUCAUCAUCAAAGUUUCAGAAAUUCAUAAGGUAAAGUGUUGUGUUUUCUUCAUUACAACAGUCAAAAUAACCUCAAUAUUCAUCCCUAUUCUCUUUAGAGAUCAUUGUUUUGUUGAUGAUCUGGUGUAAAGUAAAUCACUGUUCACCGCUCACCAGUGGUUGGCUGUUUACAUUGUAUUUUUAAUCCUAUCCUGCUGUUAUCCUGUUGUGCCUUUCUUAGGGAAAGAGGUGUAACAACCCCCUCCCCCCCCUUCCCGUUGACUAUACACCUUUAAUCUACCUAACGUGCAUUUGUCUUCCAUUACAUGUACAUAUAUUUGGGUUUCUUAAUAAUCUACGGCCAUUUCCGAGUUGCCUCAAGCCUCUGUUUCAAAGCCAGGCUCUGUGCCAAGCUAUUAGCCUGUACACAGACGUCAUUUAUUUUUCUUUUCAUUCUUUUCGAAAACAUCGGUGAGCUCGUGAGCGAAACAAGCAUGUGAGAACGAGCGUGGAGCAUGAGAAAGAGAAAUUAACACCAGGGAGCUCACGAGUGUGCGAGAACAAGCGUGGAGCGUGAGAAAGAAAAAUAAAUUUUUCUUCUUCCCCCACCCCUACCCCCUUGCGCUGGUUGUCAAUAAAUCCCCUGCGGUUUAUAUUUUAUCACGCGCACUCGACGGACUUUGAAGAGAAAAUAGAGGGUCUGUGAACAGGCUACCAAGCUAUUGAUAUGAAAAUGAUUUUUUAAUUCUUAUGCAAAUGAUACUCAUUUACACAAGAAAGAUUGUGCACGUAGCCUCAUUUUGAAAGUGGGAGGUUUUGGAACUUGGAAACUAAUGGCCUAUUUUAAUUAUUGUAGCUUGCCCUCUACCAAAAAUAAUAUCUCCUUUUUAGAAUGAAAUAUAUACAUAUUUUUUCAAUUUAAAAUACUAAAUGCAAGAAUAUUUUCUUAAUAGUUGGUUCUUUGGUAGGAGACCAGAGUUUGUGGACCCCAAACUUGUUGCACAAGGAGAAGGAAGAGAAGUGACCAGAGUAAGGUCACAAGGAAGUGUGAAAGUGACAUUCAGUGUGGUGACACGUGACAUGAAAAAACUUGGUUACGACACAGAGCCUGCUAGCGUAGCUAUCCCUCACCUUGCUCCUGGUAAUGCUGGAGUCACAACAAUAAGACCAGAAUCUCAAAUGCAUGGAGCUGAGAGUCACUCUUAGUAACCAUAGAGUGCAUUUGAUUGGAAAAUGUGGAUUUGAAUUUUGAAAUGCUGAUUUCAGAUUUGCAUUGAAACGUGAAAAUAUCCAAAAAUGAAUUUCAACGCUGAGAAUGCUGUCCUUGGAUUUCCCUUCUUUCCGUUUUUUUUUUGGGAGAAAUCUGAAAAAGAGUUUGAAAAACUGUUCUCAAGAACAGCAGUUUCACAUGUGCAUGCAUGUUUAGCAGAAAAAAGACUACUGUUCAUGACAACAGUUUUGCAAAUCCUUUUUCGGAUUUUAAAAAACACAGUAUAAAAAACGGAAAUCCAUGUAUUCGGGAUUUGGAUUUCAUAAGUGAUAUCCACCUGUCCUUAUCUUGGGGACGAUUCUCAGGGGUGAAAUUUGAACACAGCAGUCAGGGCAUUUUUGCUUGAUUAAAUCAUGUUUGCCUCAAACUUCCAGGGGUUUAAACAGUUAAAGAGAUGUUGUACAUGUAAACCCUAGGGGUAACACAGGUAUUCGGUUGAGUGUCUUGCCACCAAGUCAAUUAUUAAAAGCCUCAAAGGAACAACACUGUACAUUUUGAAAAUAAUAUUUUUCAAAACAUGAAAAGCAUAAAGAACUUUAGAAGGCAUUGAUAUUUUGUGGUUGUAAAAAGAAAAUGUAAUUUAAUAAAUUAUAUACUUUGCUUUUAACACUUUACUUGUAAAUAACUAGGUAAACUGAACCCAUUCAUUGUUGUUGUAAAAAAUUCUAUAAACAUAAGUGAGC